UGUACCCUCCCCCUUCUCUCAUGAUCAACAACACCAUCACCACCCCCAUCAUCAAAAGCCAACGAAAACCAUAAAACGGAUGCUCCAAGCCAAACAAAAACGAAUUCCCUCUCUCGCUUUCUCAAAGAACAAGAAAGAAUUGGUGAAAGUGUAAAACAAUUGUAGGAAUUACAGUUAUGGAGCUAGCUAACGUCGGAGUUCAAACGCGAGCCAUGGAGGCAACCGAAAGGGUUCAUAGGAAACGCAGAAGAUUAAACGAAGACGAAGAGGCUGAAUAUAAUAAAGUAACCUCUUCAACGACCUCAACUACUUCGUAUAUCCAGUUGAGAAGUCGGAGAAUUUUGGUAGAUCACCAUCGUCGCGACGGAAAUUGGUGUUUGAGCGCUAGCUCGGAUCAUGACAAUGAAGUGUCAUGCUGUUCAAGCAAUUUAGGAUCGAGCGACAAAAGGAUUAUCGAAUUGCCAGAUCUGAAAAAAUUGCAGGACGAGAGUAUUGAAGUUGAAACAUCCACGCAUUCGCAUUUUAGCUGCAGCGAAAGUAUGAGAGAAACGACGCCGUUGAGUGAUCUCCAAGCUGAACCAGAAGACCUGAAUUCAAAGUCGAGGUCAUCGGCGACAAACUCUAGCCGUAGAUCAACGGUGGAGAAAAUGCCAACCGAAGUUGAACUCGAAGAAUUCUUUGCUCCUGCCGAGGAAAAACUUCAAAAACAUUUUGCAGAAAAGUAUAACUACGAUGUUGUCAAAGACGAACCAUUGGAAGGACGUUUCGAGUGGGUUCGACUAAAGCCGUGAAUAAAAGGCCAAGCAAUCGAAGAAAUUUUAAGUUAUUAUUAUUAUUAUUUUAACAUUUCUAGGGGUUUAUUCUAUGUAUAGAACGACGAAGAAAUAAAAAAGAGAAGAAGAAAACGAAGCUUCUUUCGAAGAGGAAAGAAUGGGGGAAACCCCCAACUAAUCGUGUCUGUUUCUUCUGCAAAAUUCUUCUGUUUCUCUAAUCCUCUCUUCCUUCUCUCUGCGGUACG